AUGAUUCUUCUGUUGUGUACUUACCUUAAUAUGGAUUUAAGUUGUGUUCUUUUGUGUUGAAUUUAAUGUGCUUUUUUUUAACUAUCAUUGUUCUUUUGAUCACUCUUUCAUGUGUUUCUUUAAUGUUCUUUUAUAUUGUACUUAAUGUUCUUUUUCCUAUUUCGCAUGUUCUUUUAUAUUGUUCUUUUAUGUUACUUUCAUUGUGUUCUUUUCUAUAUUAAUGCAUUAAUGUAAAUCGUAUUUUAUUUUAAAUGAUCGUUUGUUCUUUUGUUAUAAAUGAUUUUGAUCUUUUAGAAUCUUCAAAAUAUAUUUUCUCUCUGCAUAUAGUACCUGAGAGUUUGAAGAACAAUGAUGGUGCAUUGAACAAAAGCAGUGAAAAAGGGACACCAAUCCCUAAUCGUGAAGAAGAAGAUUUUAAGACCCCAAAAGUUCCUGAAGCAGAUUCCCAGGAUAAUGUGAUAACUCCAUCAGUGUAUCUGAGAGAUGAAGAGGAUGUUCCAACAAAAACAAAAAAAGAUGAAGAGGAUGUUCCAACUACAAGUCAAAUCCCUGCCACAAUGAAAAGAAUCAAGAAUGUCCCUAUAGUGUUACGGUCACCGUUUUUAACUCAGUAUUCACAUUUACUUGAGGCUAGUGACAAACUAAGCCAAGAGGACAAGGAUUUGAAAUGCAUUCUUGAUUAUGCAAUUGGAGAGGGUGAUCCUAGUGAGUUGGUGUACUAUGACAAAUGGAACUUAAUUACAAGAGCUAAUAUGCAAACCCUAGGUGGGGAUGUUUGGGUGGAAAAUAAUAUCAUUGACACAUUUGCAAAACUGUUGAAUGAUGAUCGAGACCAGUGCGUAAAGUCGAACAUGAAAUUCUACUUUUCGACAAUCCCUUACAAUAUGCUGUUACAAAACGACGCAUAUGGUGGGACACAAGAUAGCCAAGGAACUGAGCAGAAGAGGUUUCAGAAUUUUGUGGAUUCCAUUAAGCAUGAAAUGUCAGUUGCAAAUGUUUCAUCUCUAAAGGGAUACCAUCUGGUAAAAAUGUUCUUUUUCUUUGCUAAAUGUUCUUUUUUUUUGGAAAUUUUGUGCAACACUACCUUUAAGUUUGGACGUUUUGUGAAUUACUACCUUAUAAUUUUUUUUUUUAAUUUUUCUACCUUAUAAGUUUGUUUAGGUUGAGUAACACUACCUUGUAACAGUUUCUGUCAAAUUCCUCCGUUUGUGGGCCCCACCUCCAACGGCUAUAUUCAACUGCUUAACUCCCUUUCCCCCUUAUUUAAACUUCCUGUAAAGUUUUAUCAACCACAUUCAACCAAUUUUUCGAAAAAAAAUCAAGAAAUCUGGGUAAUUUUUUUCUCAAAGAAAGAUUCGCAAUUUGGUUGAGGAAUCGAGUAACCUAAAGGAUGUCGAGUGGGUCUCCUUGUGCUUCAAAAAAAUGUUAUUGUGGCAUUCCAUCCAAGAUGUUGACAUCGUGGACAACUGAUAACCCGGGGAGAAAAUUCCUGACUUGUAAGUUCUCUGAUGUACACACUGGUAGGAAAGGAUGUGGUUGGUUUUAUUGGGUUGAUCCUGAUGUUGUGGAGUGGCAAAGAGUCGUGACGAAUGAACUGGUGGUGGAGAAGAGAUUGCUGAAAACAGAGUUGAGGGUCAUGAUGACAGAAUUGCAGAAGUUGGAGGAUGACAAAGCCCUUCUUGUUGCUGCCAAUGAGAGGCUUGAAAGGAUAUGCAAUGGUGGAGUGGCUGGAAUGAAGGGGACAAAGGAUAAGGGCCAAGAAAUUGCCCAUUCUGUAUUUUGGUUUGUUGUAGGAUUAGUUGUUUGUUGUGUGUUGAAGUUUGUAAUGAAGUUCCUCUAGUGUAAACGCGACAAUGGAACGGGAAAUUGGAUUUCAUGUAAUGUAAUGUAAUGUUGUUGACAUUAGUUGACUCUAAUCAUUUAAUAAUGGUAAUUCUAGCUUAUGACAA